AUGGUCAUUGAGGUGAUGCCCUUGACUGUGGCUGAGAUGCUAAAUUAUAAGAGGCCACUCCCUGCUAUCAUUACAUACCCUAGCUCUUAUUUUAUGGCUAAUACCUCAACUGAGUAUGCUGAGCUAAUGUAUGAGGAGAGCAAAACAUUUACUAGAAAGGUGGCGGUGGGGAGCUUGAGUGAAGA